AUGAGCACCAGCAACGACCUGACCGUCCUCCCGAUGACCGAAGAGGACAUGGCGCCGAUGACGCAGCUCCUGCACAAGGCCUACUACUCGCCCGACGGCGUCAGCGGGCUGCUCUACCACACGGCGCCGUCGCAGGCGUCGCUGGACCGGACGACGGCGCAGCGCGUGCGCGACUUCCGCGACGGCGCCGCCGCGCGCUUCGUCAAGGCCGUCGACGCCGCCACGGGCGCCCUCGUCGCCUGCGCCCGCUGGGACUUUUACCGCCACGCCCGCUCCGACGCCGCCGUCGCUGCUGCUACGGCCGUCUCCGACGACGAGCUGAUCCCCGAGUUCAACGCCGACGUCUACAGGGCCCUGUUCGGCCCGCUGCGCGCCGCCCACCGCGACAUCAUGGGCACGCGCCCCCACGCCUACCUGGUCACCCUGGUGACGGACCCCGACGAGGCCAGGAGGGGUGCCGGCGGCUUGUUGGUGCGUUGGGGGUUGGAUCGCGCCGAUGAGCUGGGGCUGGAUGCCUAUCUGGGUGCGUCGCCCAUGGGGAAGGGUCUGUACGAGAAGCACGGUUUUGAGACUGUGAGGACUGUGCCGUUUGAUAUGAAGGAGUGGGGCGGGGAAGGUGUCGUAUCACAUGUGUGCAUGUGGAGGAGGCCUGGGCCACCGCCGAGAAAGAUUGUUGCCGUCUAG